AAUAUUGCAGUUACUUUGUUAUUAUUCUCAUAUAAAUGGGAAAUACUCGUAAUAGAAAGAGAAAAAGAGCGAGAAUCCCACCAUCAAAAGCAGCGAAGAGAUUUAAAGAUGGCGGCCCAAGUCGUGAAAUGCCAGGACCUUCUGGAGUAAAAAUAGGUGACCAAACCGCAAAUUUUGGAGGCUAUCCCAAGAAGAUUGAAAGUGCGAAGGAAGGUAUCAUUUUUAUCGACUUGUCCAUCCUAUUUGCCGUGUUUGAAUGUAUUUUGAAGUGCCCUGAAUGUGGCAGUAACAUGAACUCUCAUGUUGACAUGAAGAAGAAGAAUGGCUUUUCCAAUUAUAUUGUUUUGGAUUGUCAAAACUUGGAGUGUGAGUGGAAGUACUGCUUCAACACCUCAAAGAAACAAGGUCAUUCCCAUGAAGUAAAUGUUAGGGCAGUACUGGCUUUUAGGGAAAUUGGUAGAGGACACAGUGCCAUGACAACAUUCACCAAAGUCAUGAAUAUGCCUUCACCACCAAUGCGCUCUGCCUUUACCAAGAUCCAGAAUAAAAAGCUAUUGCCAAUUGUCAAAAAGUUAGCCAAUGCCAGUAUGAACAAUAAUGCCAUGGAAGUUAAGGAGAGGAGUGGAAAUGACGAAGGACAUUGUGGGAUAUCCUUAGAUGGCAGUUGGCAAAAGAGGGGUCAUGCGUCACAUAACGGCGUUGUAACUGCCAUAUCAUUGGACACUAAGAAAUGCCUAGAUGUGGAAGUUAUGGGCAGAAGAGGGAGAAUGAGCCAGGGUAUGAAGAGUGGAAAGCGAACCACCACUGUAAGAUCAACCAUACAGGAAGUGCGAAUAGUAUGGAAACAGUUGGUGCUGUUAGGAUUUUCGAACGGUCAUACAUAACACGGGGACUCAAAUACAAGGACAUGCUAGGGGAUGGUGAUUCUGCUACAUUCAACAGUGUUGUAGAUAGCAAGCCCUAUGGAGAGGAGUGUGUCCCAAAGAAAUUAGAGUGUAUUGGGCACGUUCAAAAGCGGGUUGGAAGUAGGUUGCGCAAGUUAAAGAAUAUCAACAAAGGCGUGAAGCUUAGUGAUGGGAAAGGAAUAUCUGGUAAGGGAAGACUGACAGAUGGUAAGAUAGAU